AUGAUUCACGGGCCGUGUGGGCAACUAAACCCUAACAGCCCGUGCAUGGUGGACAACAGUUGUUCAAAGAAGUAUCCAAAAGAAUACAGCGAAGAAACCGUCUACGCCUCAAACAACGGGUACCCGACGUACCGCCGACCGAACAAUGGAUCUGUGGCCUUGGUCAGACGACGAGAGGUGGGCAAUGAAUUUGUGGUCCCCCACAAUCCGUACCUACUGGCCAAAUACGAUGCACACAUCAACGUUGAGGUGUGCUCUACGAUUAAGAGUGUCAUGUAUUUGUAUAAAUAUGUGUACAAAGGCCAUGAUGCGGCUACUAUGGAAGUUUGGGACGGCGAUGAGAUAUUAAAGUAAGCAGAUUCAAAUUAAUUAUUUUCAUAUACUAAGUCUUUGCUAUAUAUUAUACAUUAAUAACA